CUCAUCCUUCACUUCAUGGCGUGAAUCUUGCAGCCUAAUGAUCAUCUUGUCUGCUUGCCAAUGACAUAGCCCCUGCUGCUUCCCUUCUCCUCUCCGCUUUACAUGCCGCUGCUCUCGUUUCUGUCACGUAGACAUGAACGGCGAGCCAAUCACGGUGUUCGUCGCUGAUGACGUGGCGCCAGUGGACAUUGAGCACUGGCUGUCGUUCGACGAUGCCGUUCUGCCUGACAUCCCUCCCUCCAGCGAUGAUCCUCACUCGCAGACUCAACCCAUACCGCCGGAUUCACCGUUACUUCCUCUAGAUGCGUUGCUCUCUGACCUGAUAGGCGACAAUGCUCCAAUAUGCGACGAUCUUAAAGGCGACGAUGCUCCUAUGCCCGUUGGUUAUCUAGGCGACGCCCCGAUAAGCGAUGCUCCCGGUGAACAAGUCGGAGUUAGCCCAGGACCGAGAUUGGAUCAUGACCCUGGUCGGGAGACGGAGAGAUCGAAUCAGAUCGACGGCGCUGCUCACCUACGAGAAUCAUGCGAGGCGUUGAAAAAUGGGAUCGGUGAACAGGAGAGUGCGGACCUAUCGAGCCUCGCGGAUUUGUGGGAGUCGAGCAUGCGCCAUGAUAGCAGUACUGAUCCAGCGGCGUCCAAUGAAGGCCAGAUAGAGAUUCCGUACGCAGGGAACGUUUUUGAAACGAGCAAUUUAGACCCAAAAGUACCUGAGCAGGCUUGUCCGUCGCCAUGGCGUUGUGAUCAACCUCAGGAUGUCGACUCUGCGCAACAGCAUGGGUUCGCUGCCACGUCAUCAUCCGUCUGGCACACAUUGCAACCGGACGGUUCCCGUUCGCAGGUGCUGACGUUCGAGGAAGCUUCGCAGCGGCUGUUCACGGCCACAGCGCCAGCGCCGCUUCAGAAUCCGUCCGGGUACAGACCUCAGCUGCCGCCUCAGCUGCCAGCCCAGCUGCCGCCUCAGCUGCCCGCUCAGAUGCCGCUUCAGAAAUCACUAAGCCCGCAGCAGCUGCUGCCGCGGCAGGAGGCGCAGCAGCAGGCGCGAUAUCAUUAUCCGGUUCAGCAGCAGCAGCAGCAGAAGCAGGGAGUCCCGCAGUUGAACAUUCCCUCUGACGCGCGUCUCCCCUCCACCUUCCGUGCCCUUUCCUCAUCCUCCCAACGCCUCUCCUCCUCCCGUGGCGGCGAGAUGGGGGUAGGCGGCAUCAGAGGGCCGUCCGCCGACCCUCCCUCCACUCCCCCCCCAUCUAAGCUGCCUCGGCCCCCCGACCUCUCCUCCCGCCUCGCGGCUGUGCUGCGCAAUAUCAACCCUCCCCGCCCCGUGUCUUCCUCCCGUGGGCCCUCCGCCCAUGCGCCCAGACCUUCUGCCCCUGCGCCCAGACCCUCCUUCCCACUAGCGAAGCCUGGGAUUAGCACUGCUGCGUCGCCUGCUGCUCGCACUCCAGCUGCUUCUCCUGCUGCAACGCUGCCGUUUGCCAGUGAGGAAGAUCAGCAGCGGCAGAAUCAGCAGCAGCUGCAGAAUCAACCGGGGCAGCUGACUUAUGAGCAGCAGCAGAAUUUUGAGCAGCAGCAGAAUCAGCAGGAGCAGCGGCAGACAGGGGCGCCAGCGGCAGCACGGAGUGAGCAUGAGUGGGGCGUGGUGCAGCAGGCGUUGCAGGAUACGAUGGCACAGCUCAAAGCUGUACAGUCACACCAACCACACAGGCAACUAUUACUCCAACCCAUGGCUCAGUUGGGACCUGAGAGGCCUCUGCGAGUGGAUGCAUCGGGCAUGCUGCCACGGCCCAUGAGUGGGGCGCGGGAGGGCAUGCUGAAGCAGCAGCUCAUGGCGCUGGCAGAAGCCCUGGCUGUUGAUGACUCGGUGCGCUGGCGCUACUUCAUGCGCAAGCUGCGGAGGGAGGCGUCAGCAGAGGGGGACACGCUGCAGCGCAUCGCCUUCCAUGCGCUCGAGGCGCUGGAGGCACGCAUGGAUGGGUCUGCGCUCAGCCGCUGGCGCAACCCCAUGAACAUCACCGUUCAGGAUUCAAUGGCGGUGUUGGGGCAUGACAACAGCCAUGGGGUGCCGGCAUUCAUUCACCUCGCCAACACUGCAGCUGUGCACGAGAUUUUCCAAGCGUUCACCCGCCACACGCCCCCAUCCCCAACCCCACACCCACACGCCCGGCCCACCCACAACGCCACCGCUCAAAGCCGUUUCCCUGCCACUCAGCCCGGUCUGCUGCACCCUCCUGCUCCUCCCCACCGGCCUGCACCGUUCUCAGCCCCUGCCCCAGCCCCGUUCUCAGCACCUGCGUUCCGGUCGGUGCGGCGGCGGCGGCUGCACAUCAUAGCGAUCGGCUUCUACGCCGGGCCCCACUGGAUCAACAUCCUCAUGCGCCUCGCCGCCCACUUCUCCUCCGCCUCCCCCUCCACCAAUGGCCUUGCGCCAAGUGGCAUCACACCAGGUGCCCCCACAGGUGCUGCCACAGCAGGUGCCGCCACAGCAGGUGCACCUGGGGGGGGUAGCAGCGGUUCCCCCACCACCACCACUAGCAGCAGCACGAGCAGCAGCAUUGGGAACACGCCACCCACCGUACCACCCUCUGGCGCUCCCUCUCCUCCUGUCAUUCCUCCCCCGUCUCGCUCCACACCCCACGUGAAAGUGACAGCUGUUGAUUUUGGGAUCAUCAAGCUGCAGGAGCAUCCGACGGGCCUGGUGCAUCUGGGGGGGGAGUACCUGGAGCAGGUGGCAUCUAUGCUCGGCCUCUCCCUCUCCUUCCACGGGAUAGAAACCACCCCACACGACUUCCACCCUUCCCAAGUGGAGGUAGACCAAGGGGAGGAGGUGGUGGUCCUUGCCAACUGGGGCCUCAUGGUCUUUCCAGACGAUACUGUGCUUCGAUCCAACCUCCGGAACGCGGUUCUUAGGUGGAUUCGAGACUUGCACCCGCUGCUCUUACUCCAGAUCGACAUUGACUUGGACGCCAACGGCCCCUUUUUUCUCUCCCGCUUCCAAGCCGCGUUCGCCAAUUUCUCGGCGUUCGUCGAAUCCUUCGACUGCUCCAUGCCGCAUGCCGCCACGCCACGCUUUGUGGCGGAGACCAUCCUGGCGCGCGACCUGAUGAACGGGGUGGCCUGCGAGGGCAUGAACCGAUGGCUCCGAUCGGAGCGCCUGGAGAAGUGGCUGCAUCGGAUGAGGGAGAUGGGGCUGGAGCCCGUUGCCAUAGGGGCGGAUACUGUUGCUGCUGGCAGGGAGAUCACGGAGGCGAAGGACGGCAGGUUCAGGCUGGACGUGCAUGGGGAGAGUGGAGCCCUGCAGCUCAGCUGGCGCGGGGUUCCGAUGAUCUUUGUGGCGGCGUGGAGAUGAGACUCAGGCGAUGGUUAAGGGGUGCAUCGGAUUAGGGAGGUGGGGUUGGAGCCUGUUGCCAUAGGGGCGGACACGGUUGCUCCUGGCAGGGAGAUCACGGAGGCGAGGGACGGGAGGUUCAGGCUGGACAUGCAUGGGGGAGCACUGCAGCUCAGCUGGCGCGGAGUUCAAAUGAUCUUUGUGGCCGCCUGGAGAUGAGACUCGGGCGAUGGGCGAGAGGUGCAUAGGAUGAGGGAGGUGGGGUUGGAGCCCGUUCCCUUGGGGGCGGACACGGUUGCCGCUGGCAGGGAGAUAUUGGAGGGCAGGGACGGGAGAUUCAGGCAGGGCGUGCAUGGGGAGGGUGGGGCUAUGCAGCUCAGCUGGCGGGGCGUUCCAAUGAUCAUUGUGGCGGCGUGGAGAUGCCUGUGAGGUCGGCUCAAAGGCCACUGAGUGAACCUUGUGGCUGCGCGACGGUGACACCAGCAGUCGGAGUAACGGCAAGGGGGCAUCCUGAAGUCAGGAUCGUUUCAACUUUCAACCAGAGAUCUGCCACUACUUGUACUUGACCUCGUUGGUCUGAAAGCCUGAGGCAUUUCCUCUGUCACAAUGGGGGGCGCGGCUGAGCAGAGCAGGGGGGCGUCAAUGCGUUGCUUUGUUCGGCCUCUGCUCGCUCUGAGAGCUGCUUCGUUUGUGACACAAGGCUAUGGAGUGCUCGCCUGUGUUUGGUGCACCAGACACACACCGUGUUUCGAAGUCGCACUUCCAAUACCUACAAGAGACUCCGAGGACAAUGCAUGUCGCCCUUGAGUGUUAGUGUACGUGCAUGCAUGAGUCAGUAUGACACACGGAGUGUGUGUGGCCCACGUGUUGAAGUACCUAGGGAUUUUAUCCCAUGACUGAAAAGCACCACCGUGCAGCUCCUACCUGGAGGUGGUUUUUUUGGUCGACCUAAACAGUGUGAGUGAUAAGAGACACCGUGCAGCUGGUACCUGUGUAAGAGUAUGCACAGACUGUAUGUGUGAUCGAGUAUCACCUAGCGUUUCUACUGUAAUGCAAGGCCAUGUGGGCAUGUAAUCCAAGGUCAUAUG